AUGCUGAACAGACAGGAGAGGAAAUUUGUGGGUGGAUCUGGUCAAGUGAGUGAGCGGAUCAUGGAGCUUCUUGGGGACCGAGUGAAGCUAGAGAGGCCUGUGAUCAGCAUUGACUACACAGGAGAAAAUAUCCUUGUGAAGACCCUAAACCAUGAGAUCUAUGAGACUAAAUAUGUGAUUAGCACUAUUCCUCCUACUCUGGGCAUGAAGAUUCAUUUCAACCCCCUGCCAAUGAUGAGAAACCAGCUGAUCAUUCAUGUGCCUUUGGGUUCAGUCAUCAAGUGUAUAGUUUAUUAUAAAGAGCCCUUCUGGAGGAAAAAGGAUUACUGUGGAACCAUGAUUAUUGAAGGAGAGGAAGCUCCAAUUGCCUACACAUUGGAUGAUACCAAACCUGAUGGCAGCUAUCCUGCUAUAAUGGGAUUUAUCCUUGCCCACAAAGCCAGAAGGCUGGCACGUCUUACCAAAGAAGAAAGGAUGAAGAAACUUUGUGAGCUUUAUGCAAAAGUUCUGGGCUCCCAAGAAGCUCUGAAGCCACUACAUUAUGAAGAGAAGAAUUGGUGUGAGGAGCAGUACUCUGGGGGCUGCUACACAACCUACUUCCCUCCUGAGAUCAUGACUCAAUAUGGAAGGGUACUAUGCCAACCAGUGGGCAGGAUUUAUUUUGCAGGCACUGAGACUGCCACACACUGGAGUGGCUACAUGGAGGGAGCUGUGGAGGCUGGGGAGAGAGUGGCCCGAGAGGUCCUGCAUGCCACGGGGAAGAUUCCGGAGGAUGAAAUCUGGCAGUCAGAACCAGAGUCUGUGGAUGUCCCUGUGCAACCCAUCACUACGACCUUCUUGGAGAGACAUUUGCCCUCCGUGCCAGGCCUGCUGAAGUUCAUUGGAUUGACCACCAUCUUUUCAGCAGUGGCUCUCGGCUUCCUGGCGCACAAAAGGGGGGCUGCUUGUGCGAAUCUAGAGAGAGGGUUCUGUAACCACACCCUCUCCUUAUUGUAUUUGGUGUGUGGGUUUAGGGAAGGGGUUCCACGAAGACAUAGAGAAUGUGCAGUAAGUAAGGUGGGCAGCACGAAGAUAAGUCUGAUUCUGACUGCAGGAAGCACAUUCUCUUUUUCUCCACUGUGGCCCGAGGUUAGGGUCCCUUACUUGGCUUAGCACUCUGUUUCACCAAUUUCUAAGUUUAUGGCCCUCACAAUCUUUAGAAUAGUUAAAUAGGCUUAAGUUCCUUGCUGUCCUACAACACACCUUGCCCAUGCACAAGCAGCUAGUUUUUUCCUACCUCUGUGGCUUUGUGCUUGUGAUUUCACUUUCCUGUAAUAUCCUCACUUCACCCAGUUUUCUGCAUUAGUUUUUAGAAUCCUGUUUUGUUAUAGCUGGAAGACCUUAGAAACCAGCUAGUCCUCACCUUCUGCUUUAGAGUUGAGCAAACUGAAGUUUACAGAGGUGGAGCUUAAUUGCUCAAGGGCCAUAAUAAGCCACUGGUAUCUUGGGGACUAGAACACAGGCCCAAUGCUUUUCUACCUCCCAGUAUGUAUUUUCCAAUUGCUCUCCUCCACCCCUUGUCACAGUAGAUGAUAGUGUCCCCUUGUGUGGGUUUACUCUGUGCUGAGCUGUCUUGCACUACUCAAAUGCUACUCAGUAAAUAUCCUUGAGUCUUACUGUCUUGUGCAGUGUGUGUCCAAUUGAUUUGAAUUUUUUGAGGGUAAGACUCUUGUCUUUUUUUCCUUUGGUGUCUUCCAUUAUGUCCCAAUACGAAGGUCAGUACGCAUUUGGGUAAUUAAAAAUAAAAGUUGCUUGAGC